GCCUCGACCGGCCUCGUGGCUGCCUUGGCCUUGGCCACACAGGCCAUGUCCUUCGCCCCCGGCUGCGAGGCGACCGAGGAGACCUGCGAGCAGGCCGCGCUGCUGCAGGUCACCGCCGGGAAGUCCGGCGGGCACUCGCUUUGGCCCUUCCCCAGCUUGGCGGAACACGCGGCAGAGCGCGGAGCAGACAUGGAGGAAGGAAGGCUGGAUGAGGUCCACAAGGUCCACAAGGACAUGGAGGCCCUGGCCCUGCAGAAGCUCGCGGAGAUGGAGAAUGCGCAGAAUCUCAGCGACUACAACCUGACGCGCGAGGACUUCGGCUUGAGCAACACCACGAUGACUCUCCUUCACUCCGUGCUCACGGAGAUGCAGAGCUUGCUCGCGCAGAUCAACGCCUCCCACCUCGCAGACGAGCAGCUGCUCCUUGACCUUGCGGAGGGCUUCGCUCAAUGCAACAGCGAUUUGUCGUCUCGACAGCUUCAAAGCCAGAACCUGAGCACCCUUGUGAGCGGCGCCAGCAGCUCCCACGACGCCUGCCGCACCACAGAGCAGACCUUGUCGGGCCAGAACGGAACUGCCUGGCUCAACUACCUUGGCAACGGCACCGAAGCGCUGCCCCAAGACGUCAGGAACUGCAUGCAGGCCUACCUGGACGGCUACAACCCGCAGACGGCCGAGCAUCUGCAGGUCAUGAUCGAUUGCGCAGCCACCAUCAGUAGCUUCUUUGGCAGCUUCGAACCUAGCAUGGUCACCCUGAAAGAUACCUAUUUCAGCAGCCUCCAUGCGGUGAACAACCGAAGCGAGGAGUGCCGGGUGGAGCAAUCCACCUUGGAGAGCCACUUCUGUGAGUACCGACAGCAGCUGACGGACAGCUGCGACGCCAUCGACACUUGCUAUCAAAACGUCAACCAAACGUGGCUGCAGUUGCUAGCCACCAUUGCUGCUUCGGACUCGCGCCGUGAGGCCUCCUACACUGCCGCAAAGAAGGUCAUCUGCUACAUUCAGCUGCUCCAGAGCAACCUCACCCAAGCUGCUGUGCAGGCCUGCCAGGACCUGGUCGUCGACACUUCCGGCCUGGCAGUCCACAUCCCUGACCCCGCGGCAAAGCAAGUUUGCGACAGCUCGCCAGUGGCCGACUUCCCCUGUGAGACCGCCUGGGUGCAGAGCGAGUAUUUGGAUAAGAGCUGGUACACCGGCAACCCGCAGAUCGCCCCCGACACCUGCCCGGGGCCUCAGAGGAUCAAUGCUCAGAAAACGUCACGCAUUCGCUUGCUGUUUUACAGCGGACGGCUUGUGAGGCAUCAGUUGCGCGGCAAGGACGUCCACCACAACGACGCCAACCUCGCAGCCUUUGAGCUUGGCACCUGCGCCAUCGUGGAGAGCGCCAACGUUCCUAGCAAGGUGUGGUGCGUUGGUUCGAACGAGCACGGAAGCACAGGUGGCACCAGCGCAUCGCCCCCCUACGGAAACAAGGUGGACCUUGGACAGGGCCGAACCGCAACGGCUUUGGCUUCGGGCGGUGCAGGCUUUCACGUUUGUGCUAUACUUGACAAUGACGACACAAAGUGUUGGGGCGACAACAGGGUGGGGCAGCUUGGCUUGGGCGACGAUGCUUACAGAGGCCAAGGUGUUGCAGGGACAGGCAUGGGGGACUUGCUGCCUGCGGUGGAUGUAGGUUCCAAUCGCAAAGUCGUGAAACUGAUGGCCGGUCACCGUUUCACCUGUGCCAUCUUGGAUGAUCAGUCCCUUAAAUGUUGGGGCCUCAGUGAUUUCGCACAGCUCGGCUUUGUACCCAACGGCAACAAGGCCGGGGAUGCUCCGGACGAAAUGGGGGACAACUUGCCUACCGUGGACCUGGCCGGCAACCCUGCAAUUGACGGCGAUGCUGGCACUGAGUUUGCAUGUGCCAUUGUCCAACACCCAACAGAUGGCCGGCAACUGACGUGUUGGGGCCGAAAUCGGGAAGGCCAGCUUGGGCGUGGCAGCGACAUUGAUAACAGCAGGUCUGCACCAACGUACGUGCCAAUCGAUCUGGGUACCGACCUCCACGCAGUGCAAGUGUCAGUUGGCUAUCGUUCCGUGUGUGCUUUGCUCAACACUGGUGCAGCCAGCCGGCCCUUCUUAGUCAAGUGUUGGGGCGAAAACGGCUUGGGGCAGCUGGGCAGGGGUGAAACCUCAGCGGCGACGCCGAAUGUUGGCAGGAAGCCAGAGGACAUGGGUGAUGGCUUGCCGGUCGUCGAUUUGGGCACCAAUGAAGGCACGCCACGGAAGGCUAUCUACAUCGCGCAUGGCUCGUUCCAUGUGUGUGCCAUUCUCGAGGGUGGAGGUGUCAAAUGCUGGGGCCGUAACUAUGUGGGCCUUGCCAAUCCUCAAGUUCCUGAAGACAAUCCAGUCGGCGAUGCCUCGAGCGACAUGGGCGACAACCUCCCAUUUAUCGACCUAGGGGUGGGCCGGACAGCUGUGAAGGUGGUUGCUGGAAAGGACCACGCAUGCGCACGCUUGGAUGAUGACACGUUCAAGUGCUGGGGCGACCCUAACAGAAUGAACAGUUGGGCGGGCCUCUUGGUCAGCAAGGCAUCCACUAGCGCACAUCGACGGGAUUUCUAG